CGUUUCCGUCACUCGUCUACAGACUACGGAUUCAGCGGAAUAUCCAGCAGCAGCUGACGGACAUUCACAUCGAGAUAAUGCGGGAUCGACAGCUGUCCUUGUCACUUCAUGUUUUGUUUUAUAAUAGUUUUUUUGCAACUUAGGCCGAUUGCAUGCCCAGUUAGAAUAUACGUAAUGCCAUACUUCGUCCUGUUGGCAAACUAAACACUGCCGCUUGAGUUGAGCUAGCGUUAGCAUUGACGGACCACCACAGGCUAGCGGUAACUCUCUAGUGUUUACUAUUGUCCUGACUUCAAACGGUGAUAACAGCGUGGGGGAUCACUUUGUCAAGAUGGGUGAUGUUACCCCAACGACAUCGCAUGCCUUCAAGUCUGAGGAAUUCAGUCCGCCAUUCAGAAGGAGACGGACAGUCGAGGAUUUUAACAAGUUCUGCACUUUUGUCCUGGCCUAUGCCGGAUACAUCCCAUAUCCACAAGAGGAACCUUCUCUUCGCAGCAGUUCCAGCCCCCCCAACAGCACCGGCAGCACAGUGGACAGCGACGGUUGGACCCCCGGCCCCCCGUCUGCCUCAUGCCCUCAGCGCCCACCCAAAGCCCCCCAGGACAGGAGCAGGAAGCCCCCUCAUCCAGGAGCAGCCUCAGAUAGCCACACGAGAAAAGAGCAUGUGCUCGGUGGGCUUCACUCGGACGAGCGCAGAAAGGCGGACAAACUGAAGAAGAAGAAGAGGAACAGGAAGAAGGAGUGGCUGGGCCAGGCCAGGGAGUCGAGUGGCCCCCUGCUGCAUGCCCCGGCGCUGCACGCCCCACUGCUCCACUACCCGCCCCCUCUCGGCGCCCACGCCAUCAAGGAGGAGCCCGAGGACGACAUCACCAUCCCUCUGCGUCCUCCCCACGCACCGCGGCUGCCCAGCCCGCCACACUGCAAGCAGGAGCCCACAGAGGAGGAGCGCUGCUGGGACGGGCGGAACCUGCAGGAGAGCCCCGUGAAGAUGGAGACGGCGGAGCCCUCCCCGGGGAGCCGAACGGUCUUCCGCCAGGGGAAGCAGGUGGUUUUCCGAGAUGAAGACGGAUCGGGGGAGGACGAGGACAUCAUGGUCGACUCGGAUGACGACUCGUGGGACCUGGUCACCUGCUUCUGCAUGAAGCCCUUCGCCGGCCGAGCCAUGAUCGAGUGCAACACGUGCAACACCUGGAUCCACCUGUCCUGUGCCAAGAUCCGCAAGAGCCACGUGCCCGAGACGUACAUGUGUCAGAGCUGCAGGGACACGCACGGCACGCUGGACGCGCGGCGCUCCCACCGCUCGCGUAUCGGGCCUCGGAAACACCUGCUAGAUUAAUCCUCCACCGGGUUGACCCCUGAACAAUGACCUAUGACCCAUCCACUCUCUCGUCCACAACAGUUCCUGUUAACGUGGGAACCGACCUCCGUCGUGGCCCCCAGUCCUGUUCCUGAUUUUCUAUUAUAUAUAUAUAUAUACUUAAACUUGCCGUGGACCUAUUUGACAGUUGAACGAUGUGGCAGACUUGCUACCCUGUGCGUACGGCAAUCACUGAAAAGUCUGUAAGCGUAGCUGCAUUGCUAACGUUUUGGACUUGUGCGUCUCGUGAACACUGGAACUGCCAUAUAUGAUGCCCUUAUAACUGCCACCUGCCUCGGUGCAUGCUGGGAAUUUUAGGUUAGAGGUUUUGCACUUUUUUUUAUCUUUAAGGUGUGUCUUUUCAAUGCAUACAGUGAUUUAGGUCCUCUAGCACUCGUUAAAUAAAGUGAAAUAUCUCUAAUGUGUGAGCUGGUUCUGCAAUAUGGCAGUGUAAUCCAACCGGACAAGGAGACAUAGCCAUCCCAUUCCUUUUUUUUUUUUUUUUUUUACUAUUGUCAACACUGUUAAGAAUAUCAGAGGCUCCUGGUCAACACUUCUGGAGUGAGUGCUUGUACAGUCUACCUUCCGAAAUCACUGGGUUCCCCUUGCUGCCUCGGCCUCUACACACACACAUAAACUUGCGAUUAGGUAGUCCCUCUGGCAUACUGUAAUUUUUUUUCAAUACCAUUUGGUUAUCUGGGAUCUGGAAAAAAUUAGGAUUCUUGUUUUGAAAAAAUGUAUAGACUAGGUUUCACAUUGGGUAAUCCUAUUUGGUGGUUGAAGGCCUGCCGUUGCCUCCGGCUGACCUUGAAUGUUUUAGCACAAACCUGUUGAGACAUUGGUUCUUUAUAAACACAGCUUGUGCGCACACUUGAGAAAUAAUUGGUUUGUGUGUAGUUGACUAGUUUUUGUUUUAAUGUCCAUUUGCAGAAAAGGGUCUAUAUGACUAUGUCCCUGUGUUUAAAGGGAUGGUUUCAAGGAGAUGUUCUCAUUCAGCCUAACAGAAUGGUUCAGAAAGGGAGGCUCUUUCUGGGGAACAGGGGACACGGUGUGUGUGUGUGUGGCUGACGGAAAUGAGGGGUGUAUAAUACAUCAGUAAUGCAUGUGCUACGAUCCGUCAACCUUUUUUAUCUAGGUUUUCAGAAUGGGAGAUUAGGGUGUGGGGCAAGGAGGUCAUGCAGGUUCAGGAUCCAUUGCCCCCCCUAUCGUAUAACCCUCGACUCUACGCUAAUCAGUAUUCACUGUCCAUGUUUUGCCUGUUGGAUUUUUUUUGAAAGUCGAGAUUUUGACAAACUAUUUUAAGCAUUCUUUCAGUCCUGCUUUAUCCGUUUUCAUUUUCAGCCAGUUUGACUAUAGGCUACAUGUUGUAUCUGUCAAUAUAUAAGCCAUAGCUCACAGAGGUGAUUGUGACACAUUAGAUGCCAGUAUCUAGUAUCGGAGUUCACAAUGCAAGAUUGAUUUUUAUACAAAUAAUGACUCAAAGUCAAACUUUUUGACUUCAAGAACAAAUUUGGUUCAGUACCAAACUUUUCAAAGCUCUGCUUCUUCCUGAGUUUGAUUUUCCUGAUAUUUAUAAACACUUGCUAAUGGGACAUGCAAAGUUGUACAAAUUGUUUGACGCCUCAAAACACAAUUUGCAUGUUGUACUCAUUCGUAUCCAUUUUACUAUAUUUAAACAAAUUAGGGCUUUUCAAGAUUGAAUCUGGUCUGCAGGUGCAAAUGGAAGAGCGUAUUCUAUUAUGAUUGCUAUAAUUACAAAUAUUCGUUUCAAUUGUUCCUGAAUCUUUUCAUCCUAUUCUUGAGAAAGCUUUGUCUGUAGGCCUGUGGUGCAAACUGUUUCUGUGAAACUAUUGUAUAAUAAAGAGUUAGCGUUUUAA